AUGGCCGUGAAAAUAUUCAACUCGGAUAGUACCAACGAUUUUGAAAAUGAGAGGGACGUUUUGUCGCGGAUACGAAACAGCCGCAGCGGACAUGUAAACGUUCUCGUCAACUAUGGAAGUUUGGUUUACGGUGAACACCACAUGCUUUUCUUACCAUGGACGAAUCUUGGGACGCUCGAUGACUUUAUAAGCUUCGAAGAGCAUCGAGAUACUACCGCAAAGAAACGAAACAUCAUAUAUUGCAUAAUCGAUGUAGCUGAUGCCUUGGCUUGGCUUACCAAAUUGAAGAUCUCUCUACCUCACAAAUUUAGGGAAGUGCAGGUGAUGCAUUGUGACAUCAAGCCGCAAAAUAUAUUAAUAUUUCCAGAUUCUACUCGCGAAAAUGGGUUCAUCUUCAAGGUGUCUGACUUUGGCCAUGCCUUUAUGAGCUCGUCAAUCGAGACGCAAAGCCGUCGAUAUGAGUCGACCUAUUGCGCACCUGAGACGAGAGAAAGGGGCAGUGUCGAGAAAACCAGUGAUGUGUGGCCGUACGGCUGUAUUUUACUACUAGUCCUUAUUUUCACGACUCGCGGUCCUCAAGAAAUCAUUGAUCUACGGGCAGAUUUAUCAAGAAGAAGCACCGUUGAUACCUUUUACCAAUCAACAAAUUAUCAGUUGAAAGAAUCUGUAUCCGAUUGGAUUGACAUUUUGAGAGAUGGGAAGAUUUCGAAUGCUGAUAUAAAUGAGACGGAAAUGACUAAAGCGAUGGGAAAGAUAUUGCAUGAUGACAUUCUUGUAUCAGACCAUAAAAGUCGUAAAACGAUGGAUGUUAUUUGUGGAAACUUGAAGGAGGCAUAUAACAAAUUAUAUACGGCUGUUCAAACAAGCUCGUUGACUGACCACAAGGGAAUUCUUCGGAGAUGUGAAUCGUGCGCCAUUCCGGCAAAGGCUGAGUAUGUUUGUUUGCACGACGAGGACAUGAACAGUUACGGUAUAUUCUUCACAGACACUCUACACUUCAGGGGACGACUGGAACUCGUGAUGCCAAUGAGCCCACGAGGAAGAAAUUGGGAAAAGCAGUUCACUUUAAAUGUGUCAACUUGCGCUUCUUCGCAUAUCUGCCUCGUUAAGAAGGCACCACCAAGAAUGGAGCAAGCGAAUCUUGAGAUCGUUCUCUAUGAAGUUCAGAGAAACCCGAACGCAGCCACCCGUUACGAAGGAUUUAUGAUCCCCUGGGCACAGCAUAAUAAUACGGUUAUAUUGGCAAUUUCCCCUAACGGAAACUGGAUCGCCACUUGUACGCGAACCGGUACGGGCAAAGAAGUUAGAUACAAAAUUCAUGUCGUUUCAAUAGAAGGUUUGAGACAAUCACUAAGAUGGCUUUCCACAGACCAGUCGAGUACGUCCAGUCAGUCAAGAGCAUCAAGAGAAUCAAGAGCCUCAAGAGAAUCAAGAGGAUCAGCAGGAUCAUGGGCAGAGAAUGUGUUUGAGAAACAGCUGGACGACGUUACCAGGGUACGGGCAAUCUUUUUCUCGAGGAAUAGCAACAAUUUCAUUGUCGCAUCAGAGAUGAAUGAUGGACCAUCAUCAAAGUGCAGCGUAUGGUACUUUCAAUAUCUCAAUUCAUCAUGGGCUGCUCUAGGACACGGGACUGACGAUGAUAAUGACACAUCUCAUGAUGGAUUUUGGACCUCAAUGGUUUCGUUCAAUCACAACCCCGGGCUUCUCGCCAUUUCUCAUAAAAAGACAAUCGUUAGGUCCGGGGCUGGCUUACCGUUCGUGUUUAGAGAAUGGGAUGAUCAUCGGUUCGACCUUGAAAAAGUUCUUCUCACCGAGGACGAUAAAGUUGGUGUAAUCCUGGGGUUCAAAGAUAAAGAAUUGAGAGUUUAUUUGAUAUCGACGGAAAACAUCUACAGAAAAACAGAGUUGAAAUACCCGGCAAAUAACGCACCCAAAUACAAGUACCGAGGCUUUAGUGCCGGUCUUUACAACGGAGUUGAUGACAAGGGGAAAAGGAAACUGAUUCUUACAGUUGGUUUCCCGGCUGCUCUAUCAAUAAUUCGGCUUGAUAUUACGGUGGCUGUACAGAGCUUUCUUGCGAACAGGUUUGAUCUGGACUAG